AUGCAGUCGGCGAAGCUGCCGUCGCGGUUCGUCGGGCGCAGCGGGCACCGGCGGCAGAUGCCCGACGGCAUCACGACGCGGCCGCACCCCACGUUGUUGUUCGUCUCCGCCUUGCUCGGGUGGCACGGGAAGAAGCUGUUCGCACGCGCCGGCGCGCACAGCGCGGCCGCCAGCGCUGCCAGAAGCGGGAAGCGGAGACGCAUUGCGGGGAAGAGGGUUGGGGAAAGGGGGGGGGUUGCUGCGAGGGGGAAUUGCGGUUGGGUUUGUGAUGGGGAAGGGGGGCUUUGUUAA